GCUUAUAUCACAUUCACAUACCCCCAACCCCCCAAAACCACGCACCCCUUCUUCGCUCCUCUUCUCCGUUUAACAAAUCUGUUCGGAGCGAAGAAGUUGCAGAGUAGAAUAUCUAGAAAGAGAAACACAUAUAGAGAGAGAAAAGACCACUCUCCUUUUUCUCUCUCUAUAUACAUAUCAUAUUAUCCUAUAUAUAUAUAUAUACAUAUGUUGAACAUUCACCUUCAGAUAUAGCUAGCUAUAUACACAAAUAUACAGGAGGUUUUGGCGUGGUUGAUCUCCUUUCCUGCCGUUCGUAUUCCGAUUGCAGAUCUCCAUAUUCGACCGGAGGAUCAAUUAAUUGCGCAUUUCUCUGGAAAAAAAGGAAUUCAACUUCGUUAUUGAGAUUUUUGGUUUACAUUUUCAUCGACGGAGGAGCGCAUUCGAGUGUGUUGCUGUUUGGAGGAGGUUGAAUGUGAUGCAAGUAUUGUUGAGAAUAGUUUCCAAUUAGCUGAAAAAGUAUGGAUGAUAGAGGAGGAUCGUUCGUGGCGGUGAGGAGAAUAUCUCAAGGACUCGAAAGAGGCAAUGCUUGCCAUACAACUUCUGGAGUAAAUUAAUUGAGGUUUUGGAUCUGUGAAUUGAAAUAUUAGGUGCAUUCAUGCCUACUUGCAUUGACAUGUGUGCGGAGGUUGUGGCAGGAUCAGCAGCAUGGCUUGGCAGAGGCCUUUCAUGUGUUUGUGUUCAAAGGAGGGAGAGCGAUGCUCGUCCAUCGUUUGAUUUAACUCCAUCCCAGGAGGAAUGUUUGCUAAGGCUACAAAACCGUAUAGAUGUUGCAUAUGAUAGUUUAAUCCCUGAACAUCAGGAAGCUUUAAAAGCUCUGUGGAAAGUUUCCUUUCCUGAGGAAGAACUUUGUGGUUUGAUAUCUGAACAGUGGAAGGAAAUGGGCUGGCAAGGAAAAGAUCCAUCUACUGACUUUAGGGGUGGUGGAUUUAUAUCACUGGAGAACUUGUUAUAUUUUGCGAGGAAUUUCCCGAAAUCUUUCCAGGAUCUUCUCCGAAAGCAGGAAGGUGAUAGAGCAAUUUGGGAAUACCCAUUUGCUGUUGCUGGCGUCAAUAUCACAUUUAUGCUUAUCCAGAUGCUCGAUCUGGAAGCUUUAAAACCCAGAAAUCUGGUGGGAGCUACCUUCUUGAAGUUUCUUGCAGAAAAUGAAUCAGCAUUUGAUCUGCUAUAUUGUAUCACAUUUAAGCUGAUGGAUAAUCAGUGGCUUGCCAUGCGCGCAUCAUACAUGGACUUUAAUGCGGUCAUGAAGGCUACUCGUCGUCAACUAGAAGGGGAGCUUCUGCAAGAAGACAUAACACGGCUAGAAGAUUUACCCUCAUACAGCCUUCUUAGUCGAUAGUGUUUGUAGGCAUGACUUUUAAGAAAAUGAGAACGGCUUCCAUAUGCAUGUUUUGUUCCAUUUAUUGGUGGUGGUGUUACAUAGUAGCUUUCGAUGGUGGGUGUUACUUUGUUUUAGUCAGCGGAGAGGGAAAAUGGGGAUUCAAACAGUGCCUGAACUUGAUAAUGUUAGAACAAGUACGAUGACAAUGUUGUUCCCUUGUUUCUUGAAUUUGGAAAGAGUCACACCUGAUGAUUGGUCUCAGUAGUGGUAGGAAUUCGAACAUUCCCUUUAGA